AUGACGCAAUUUCGCUUAUUUUUUCUAUUAUCUCUGAAUUUCUUCGCUCUGGGCUCGGGUAAGGUUGGCAUUUAUCGAUAAUCCAUCGAGAAAAGUUUCUGCAGAAUAUUCUACUCGUGACGGUUGUUUUGAGGUAAUUUUUUGUAUCGAUAACGAUAAAUGUAUCCAUAAAUGUUCAGCCUACACACAGUGAAACACCUUUGAACGCCCGACAAUCAACUAAAACACUUGGUAAAACUGAAAAAAGUACGCAAAAAGUGUUCGAUUUCUAUUGUAUUGCAGACAAUGCGAGAGUUUUGGCGGGAAAAACAGGUACACAACAUUGCUGUGCACACGGCGACCAAAAACGUGCACGGUUUAUCACCAUUUUGGCGCGAAAUUCGAAAUUUAACCCAAUUUUUCAUGUUUUUCGUCAAAAAUUACCCAAAUUUUGUACGGGUUUCGACGAUGUAAUUGCAUAAUAACUUUGUUAAACUAAUCAUCGCGCACUUUUUGAGCUUAAAACGAGCAGGUUUCAUUCAGAAAAGAAUCGAUUGAAUCGAUUUUCAAAUUUUGUGCUGAAAAUGCGCGAAUUUCAGUCAUUCGCCGAUACUUUUUGCCGUUUGAACGCUUAAAAUACUUGUAUUAACGUGCUUAAUCACUUCCGACACUCACUUCGUCUCAAAACUAUCCAUAUCGGCCGGUAUGAAAAUUCCGAAAUUGCGGCGGCGAUUGGCCGCGGAGCGCGUAUUGCGAAAUAUGCGAAAAACGUCUCAAACGCGGCGUUUUCACGAAAAUUUCAAUGUUCUCUCUCUUUAGUGUCUCUUCUUUCGUCGAUAUCAAACACAAAAAUAUCGGAAAAGUGCUGGAAUUGCCGCAAUUUUCAGAAAACGCGUCUCAGAUUAAGCCACGCCCCUUUCUACACUUUUGGUCGCCGUGCGUGCAGCUGUGAGUUAUACUUUUGCGACGGAAAACGUUUCUUUUCAGAAGGCCAUAACUGUGUCUUGGUAUCGAAUUCUAAAGGCUCAGAUGCAUGUACUAGAAGAGAAACAUAUAAUAUCAAUUGCAACUUCAAAAUCGAUAAAAACUGGCAGCCAAGACUUUCUACUGUUUUAACAGCAACUUUAACCUUGAUUGUGUCGAAACUCAUUUGAUUAAUAGAUACAAUUAAGUUCUUACAAGAGUAUGAGCAAAAACUUGAAGCCUGAGUUGAUUUAGUGCAAAUUGUGAAACUGAUAAUGUUUCAGCAAAGUCUCAAAACAUGUUUCAUGUGAGCAGAGUUCAAAAUCGGUAUACCGUUCAGUUAGGCCGAUUGAUCUCAGCUGUCAGUGGAGCUAUGCAAAAAUUGUCAACAGAUAAAAUGUUUAUCAAACAAUUUUGAACAUUUUACCAGUUGACAACUUUUUGAUAUCUUCACAGACAGCUGAGAUAUCAAGGUUUGAAAAAGCAUAUGCUGCAUAGUUGUUUUUUCUCAACAGUACUUUGACAAACUUUGACUCAAAUCAUCUCCACAAACCAAAUUUUCACACUCUUUGGGUUUAAACCAAACUUGAAACGUGGAAAUUUCCUUCUUAUAAUCAAGCAUUCUUCAGUUCUACGUUUCACAUUCCCAACAAAUGUAUCCAAGUGAAAUGCGAUCAGCUUCGUUCAGAAAACAGAGUUUCGAAAUCGACGGAAUGAGUAAUAAAUAGAUUUGUCAAUUUUGCACACUGAAAAACGAAACGAGCUGCUAGGAGCCAGCUUCUAGCCCCCUGCGUCUCCGUUUUUCACCCGCUCUCUCGCGUUUCUCCUCAAAAUUCAGCUCCCUCCGAUACUUCUUCUUCUCCGCUUCUUCUUCUUCUUCUUCUUCUUCUUUUUUUCUGUUUUCCCCUCUCGCCCUCAUCCGGGGGGCUCUUAGAGCACCCUUUGUUGACUUUCUUUCGGCAUGAAGCCGUCAACUUCGACCAGUAAUCAGGCUGUCAGAUCUCCGCUUAUCACUCCGUCGCCCAAAAAAGAGAUUGGCAAAGGGACAAAGUCAUCGGGGACCGCUUCCGGAGCCGCGGGAUUUCUUGGCAAUUGGCAGGUGAGCGAGCAAAAAUCGAAUGCGGGUGGGUGCGCUCGAACCUGCGGACCAACCGGGUGGCAGGCAAAAGGGUUAGCCACUCGGCCACGCACACAUCCACUGGGAACACGUGAACAGUGAAGAAUCACUGAAGGAUUAGAUACGCUAACCACUGAGCGUGGAACAAUUGGUAACUGAAAUCCCGUUUCGCCGAUUACUGAUUACUCAGUGAUUCCUCACUUCCCCGCGUUUUCAUCAUGUUCUUCCCGUUCCCCCGUUUUACUCGAGUUUCACUUGAACCAAGGGUAAAAAAGUACGUCGAUGUGAUGGUUCAAAUAAAAAUUAUCGGAAAAUUGAGAACAAGUAGUUUUAAUUUUUUCCGUGAGAUCAUGACAAAAACAGGACGCUUCAUGGAUUUCACGGAUUUUACGGAUUUUACGGAAUUUACGGAUUUUACGGCUUUUUGAUACCGUAAAUUUGCGUUUUUACGGAUCCGUUAACAAAAAAAUUUUACGACGCCCCGCCCUGACGGUGAUCCCAAACAGUUGGCCACGCCCACAAGUUCGGAACUGCCCUGGCGGAAAGCCACGCCCACAAAGGUAUAUAAGGCUGGUAAGGCCUGAGAGAGCCCUGAAAAAGGCCCGGAAGGUUUUCCUGAACAGGAUAAUCUUAUCUGGUAAGGCCUGAGAGAGCCUUGAAAAAAGCUUAGUUGCCGAUUGUUCCACGCUCAGUGGUUAGCGUAUCUUAUCCUUCAGUGAUUCUUCCAGACUUGCAACGGGCCGGGCCGGGCCAAAAUUGCAAAUUUUCCGGCCCGGCCCGGCUCGGCCCGGUCGGCCCGGGAGGAUGCACCUAAAAAUUCAAAGCGAACUAGAACUUCGAAACGAACAUAAUUUUAUAGACUUAAAAUUUUAUAGACUUAAAAAGGCAAUGUUAUAGCAUAAAAACCUGUUAAAAAAUAGAAAUUGCUGUUUAAAGUCGCAAAAUUUUCACAAAAAUUACGAAAAUUUUCUCAAGAGUGGGCGGAGCCGGGCCGACCGGGCCGGGCCGUGCCGACGAUUUGCUGGCCCGGGAUUUGGCAAGUCUGGUUAAAAAAAAACUUUCCUCAGCCAUUUUCAAACUUUUUUAAACUUUUCGAGGCGCCACUUUAGAAAUAAGGAAAGUUUGAGAAAGGCUUGAAAAAGUUUUGACCGCUUGAAAAAGUUUAAGAAUUUCUUAGAAAAGUUUUUUGUCUUGAGAAAGUUUAGAAAAGUUUGAAAAUGGCUGAGGAAAUUUUUCAAUUUUACCAGAGAAGUCUGGAUUCGUCGGUGUUCGCGUUAACCCCUCGGAGGGCGCUGAAGACAGCGCGCGAUUAGUCAAUUAUCUCGAGCUGGCGCCAAACCAAUAAUUUGCAAUUUUCAGGAUGAAACGAAUCAUUCGCAAGGCGGACAAGACUUCGCGCGGCUCAUACACUCUCGAUACCUUUCCGACAAAGAGAAGAUACUCCUGGACGCGCUGACCGAGUACAAACGAGUCGGCUACAAAAGAAGUAUUUGCGCGAAUUUCCGCGAUCACUUUCACAAAUUUGCACAUUUUAGCACUUGCAAAAAUCGUCGCGAUGAUAUUUGUGUGCGUAUUCUUGCUCGCUUUCACCGUCGUCUCAAUUGGAUGCUGGUCGGAGCAUCUGGAGCUCACCGAGCAUUUGGGUGUGUACGAUGAGCGAUAUGUGAGGACUAGGAAGGUGAAUUUAAUUCGAAAAAUUGUCAUGCACCAUAAAAAUUACAUAUUUUAACAUAUCUUGCGCUUAAAAAAUUAUUAUUGGCGCCCACAAUCGCUCUAUCGAGAGACAACUGAACAAAAACACAUUUUCACGGUUUAUUUCGCACAAAAGCCAUAUUUUGCAAUUAAAAUUUGAAUUUCCCACCGAAAUGCUGCCGUGUGCGGCGGAGCGCACUUGCGCCCAUUGUCAGUUCUGGAGACCGUGUGUAGUGAGGCAACAUUUCCCCGAAUGCCAACAAUUUUGAACUGUUUCAAAUUUGGCGGCCGGGGGACUAGAAAACUCCGCCUGCCGUGAAAGGCCAGCAAAAUUCGGAGAAGUUUUCUCAGAAUUUGGGACGCUAUUGAUCUUUUUCUAAAAACUAGACAUUGUUUUUAGUGUACGACACCGCAAAAUCGAGACGUUUGAAAUUUGCAGCGAAAUCAGAGCGAAGUGGAGCUGGAUUGUCCGUUGAUCGGGUUCGUAGGCAGUUUCUGGUCGCCGCAAAGUUCGCACGUGGAUCUUUUCGGCAAAAUCAUCUCGAUUAUUUCGAUACGAAAGCUGAUACAGGUGAGAAAAGUGUCCACAAGUUGGUACACCUCAAUUUUCCAUUAUUACAGCUCAUAAUUCGUCUAAUUCGUAGCAUCCGUCUGAAAACGACCACUGAGGCAGAGGCGCGGAAGCACGUCGACGAAACGCAAAAGGAUCUCAACGGCCUCGCCGAGUCGAUAAUUGAAACUUUGUGUGAAGUGUAA